GUGCCAGUAGAUCUAAGAUGGCGGACGUGUCACCCAUCUGAGUAAGCAACAAAUAAUCAAGUUUGUUUGGGUUUAAUUGAACUCUAACUAGACACUUAACAUCGUGUUUUCGAAAGACUUCGGCCUUUAGAAAUGAAAGGGAAGGAGAGAUCGCCAAUAAAAAAGCGCACCCGGGCUCCGGAUGAAGGAAGAGACCGAGGAGGAAACCACUCGAGCGGCAAGAAAUCUGGAUCGCUAUCAGUUUCUGGUAGCAACAGCUCUGUCCAAAGCGGCGCUUCUUCGAGGCGGAAUAUUCACUCAGAUAAAAGAGACAUGAGGGACGUGGAGCAUAAUUCAUCUGGAAGGACUAGUCGUGGAUACGACUAUGCAGCUAAACCGCACGGCGGCGCUGAUAUUUCUCCCGAAGCCCGCUCCACUUCACGGCCUCUGCCAAACACGGAAUGUGAGUACAAGACUUUGAAAAUAAGCGAACUGGGCAAUCAGCUCAAUGACGAGGAGAUAGAGGACGGGCUGUUCGAUGAGUUUAAAAAGUUUGGAGACGUCAGUGUUAAAAUCAGCCGAGAAAACGACGAGACAGUAGCGUUUGUCAACUUCCGGAGACCAGAUGACGCACGCGCAGCCAAACACGCUCGUGGACGUCUUGUGCUUUAUGAUCGCCCUUUAAAAAUUGAGACUGUUUACAUGAACCGCAGGAGGAGCCGUUCUCCCGUUUCCAAAGACAGAUUUCUCCCAAGUCAAAGGCCCCCGCACCCUCAAAGGCCGCUCUCGCCCGCUGUGGGCUACAGGGACUACCGCCUUCAGCAGCUAGCCCUGGGUCGCCUCCCCCCUACUGCACCGCCGCAUCUCAGGGACCUGGAGCGGGACAGAGAUUUUUAUGACAAUCGCAGCAGACCACCUUUCAUUCCGGAGUGCUUUCGUGAUGAUGACUUGUUGAAUUCUGAGGACGGACAAAGGCCAAACCGGACUCUGUUUCUGGGAAACCUUGACGUGAGUUUGACCGAGAGUGACCUGCGCAGAGCGUUUGACCGCUUUGGAGUCAUUACAGAGGUCGACAUAAAGAGAGCAGCGCGAGGCCAAUCCAACACUUAUGGAUUUAUCAAGUUUGAAAACUUGGACAUGGCCCAUCGAGCAAAACUGGCUAUGUCUGGGAAGGUUGUGGGUCACAGUCCCAUUAAGAUCGGUUAUGGAAAGCCCACACCCACCACCAGGCUGUGGGUUGGAGGCCUUGGCCCUUGGGUUCCUGUUGCUGCUCUGGCCAAAGAGUUUGACCGCUUUGGGACCAUUAGGACUAUAGACUACAGAAAAGGGGAUGCUUGGGCAUAUAUUCAGUAUGAGAGCCUGGAUGCAGCACAGGCAGCUUGGACUCACAUGCACGGCUUUCCUCUGGGAGGCCCAGACCGUAGACUCAGAGUGGACUUUGCAGAAGCUGAGCCUCGCUACCAGCAAGAGUCGUACAUGCAGCUACCACUUCCAGUGUCCCACUUUGACCUAGUCCCUGAGCCCUUUGCCCACAGACUACCAGACCCUGUAAGACUGAGGGACAGGUCUCCUCCUCUUCCAGCCCGCUUCAGGGACAGAGACCCAUACACCUCCGAGUGGUCAGGCCUCAACAUUCAUGAGAGGAUGAGAGGUCCCCCGUUUGACCACAUAGACCGCGUGGACCGUCAUUCCAGAGACUUUUGGACCAUUGAGCAUGAGCGGGACCUACAGGGCCGCAAAAGGAGACAUUUGGAGGACGGCUGGCGGCACGAUCGUUCUCCGGACCACUGUGACUUUGUCCCCCGUCGCCAUGGUAACUCAUUAGAGCGUAGCCCUGGGGGCAGCAGCCGGGAUGGACGCUACAGUGACUCUGAGCGCCUGCCUCGUUCAGGUCGGCCCUCUCCUGUUAAAGAAAGGAACAAUCAUGACUUUGGAGAGAAGAGGAGAAGGACUUCCAGCCCGAGCAGGCCCAGCUCGGACCGAGAGCAUGGACGCAGAGUCAGUGAUUCUGGUAAAAGCCCCAGCAAACAGGAUGAGCGCACAGACCGCACUCUCUCAUCAAAGACUGCCCAGACCGCCAAACGGACCGCACAGAAGCUGAGCCCAGUGUGGCAGGGUGUCCUACUGCUGAAGAACAGCAGUUUCCCCACCUCGCUGCACCUGCUGGAGGGAGAUUUGGAGUUGACUAGCAGCCUGCUCGUGGAGGGCUCCACUGGGGGCCCUGUGUCCCAGCUGAAGAUUGCACAGCGCCUGCGCCUGGAUCAACCCAAACUGGAUGAAGUCUCUCGUCGCAUCAAAGCAGCGGGUUCUGGUGGAUACGCCAUCCUCCUGGCUGUUCCAGGGAAAACCGAGGAGGCCGCAGACAGCAACUCGACUGAGAGGCCACUGAAAAACCUGGUCUCUUAUCUGAAGCAGAAGGAGGCGGCUGGCAUCAUCAGCCUCCCUGUGGGGGGCAGCUCUCAAGAUAAGGACCACGCUGGAGUGCUUCAUGCUUUCCCUCCCUGUGAGUUCUCGCAGCAGUUUGUGGAUGCUGCGGCUAAAGCCUUUGCCAAAUCAGAGGAGGACUGCAUGGUCAUGGUGAUAAUCAAAGGAGCGUCCUGAGUAUUUUACACUGUUCUUUUGUCAGGGGUUGUUUACUGCACUGUGCCUUAGGGCUGAUUCUGGGUCAGAUUUGAUUACAUGAAUAAUUAUCAGUUGAGUAUUUUCUUUGUAAUCAGGACAUGUACAUGACUGUAAUGGUACUUACUAAACUCAAAGUAACUCAAUGCCACGUGUCUCUAUUGCCUUAAUAUUGGAUUUAAGUAGAACAUUAAUUUAUUCUGACUACAUUUGAGAGAAAAGCAGCCUCCAAAGCUUCAUCAAUAGAAGAUCUACUUUAUAUUUGUUUCAUUGAAGAGAGGGAAAUUUCUUGCAUAGGACAGCCACAAAUAAUGUCAAAGUAGAAAUAAGUUACUGGUUGUUGACUACUGUAGAGGAAAUGAGUAAGUGCCUGCAUACUGCAAUGCAGUUCAACACAUAAAUACAAAACAAUGGAAUUUUCACUAAAUUAAUUUCUAUUGUGGGUUUUGGUUGAGUUUAUACUUGGACUACAAUGUGCUGAACUGCAUUAAGCCAAUAAAUUAGCUACAUUUCACAGUGCAAAAUGCCUAAUGAAUCAUACAAGCUUAUUUUUAUAACCUGGCAUAUAUGUGCAGAAAACAUUUUGAUUUAAAGCAAUGUUUCAGAUGACUCAAAGUCUUAAAUGACCUAAUACAGGGAUGGCUUAUUUUGUUUAUUUCAAAGCUUGGUCUGAUAGCAUCCAACAUUGGAUAAUAUAUAUUUUUUUAAUAUAACUGCCCCAACAAAGCAUGUAUUGUGUAAAAUGUAAUUUUCUUAAAGAAUUAUGUGAAUAUAUUUCUUACAAUCAUCCAGAUCAAUGAUAUGAACUAUGGACAUUUGCGAAAUGAACCAGCAGUGUACCACUCACUCUAAUAGACUAUUAAGUUUUCAUUUGAUUUAAGUACUGUGUCUAAAUGAGAAUGAUUAUUGCUGUAUACUCAGGAUAUGCUCUGGGGAGAAAUAUGGAGAACAUCUUUGCUCAAGAAGUAACUGUCAGAGAAACACAAAAGUGCAACAUGCACUUACAUACAUUUUGUCUCAAUAAAUUUGCUCUUUCGUGGGAAA